CUUUUGCAUUGUAUAAUCUCUAGAGUACGUAAAAUCUAAAAGUUCAUGGAAAUUCGAGGAACAAAAAAGGUGGCCGAAAUUACAAGCUGGCCGGAAUUUGGCACACUUACCCUAAUAUAUUUUUCAGUGUUUAAAUUUUAAUUUUCUUUUCUUUUCUAAGAAAAAUUUGGUGAGUAUCCUACUCUACCGGGGUCUGUUAUUUGACCCAGCGCGCUAGGAAAAACGACCAACGACGGUUUAGUGUUAAGGACGAAUGGGACACCGGUGUCCUAAAAAUAGAAACUUUUUCGGACUAUUUACAGAACAGUCAAAAAAAUUUUUUUUUGUUUUUGGAACACCGGUAUCCCACUCGUUCUUAAAAGGUAACCCACCGACCGUUUUUGGUGAUUUUUCCUAGCGCACUCGUCAAAUGACAGACCGCGGUUGGUAGGAUACUCAACAAUUUUUUUCUUUGAAAAGAGGAAAAAAUUAGAAUUUCAAUUUAAGUUAAAUCUUUAGGCUUCUUUAUCUCAGAAUUGGGAGGUAUGCCUACAGUCCUCUAACGUUAUUUAUCUUUGAAAUAAUUAUGCCAAUACUGCACAAAACUAUAAAUUAACUCUUUACAAAUUACAUACGAAAAAAGUAAGUUUUAUUACUUGACUUUUAUGAGGGUUCUCUUAAGUUAAAAUCACUAACUGAAAGUGAUUGAUCAGUAUGUUAAGUGAAAAAUGCUUAUGGAUUUUGCAUAUCGCUCUUUUAGAAUUUUGAGAAAUAAAUGAGUGAAUGUUUUUCUAAUUUGCAAUGACGAAGCCACUUCAUCGCUUCUUAUUAUUGAAUUUUAAAGCUCGUAAUUCAUUUAUAAUAGUACCCGUUUGACUAAGAGCUUUUAGCAUGCAGCUUCUUCAUUGGUGUCACAAUCAAGGUCCCAAAUCUCAAAUUUCAUAUCUUUUCGCCAGACAGACAUAACACAUUCUACAAAAUCUCAAAUGCUAUUUCCUUGUGCAAAGAUUUUGUGAAAGCAAUUUAAUUUUUUUUGUUGAUUUUAUUUUUGCGAGCUCAAUAAUUGCUCAAGACGCUUCCCCAUCAACACAAUUUCUUCAUAACAUUAUGGGCCGUUUUUUGAUAAAUUGCCACAUUAACUCUUUUUUUGUGGUGUCUCCUCCAAUCUUGACCAGUGGCACUGAAAUGGCACUGGGGAUCAGCAGUCAGUGGUGUCCGUUCAACAGCAUACACAUAACUAGCAAUCAAUAUAAAAUGAAGAGAUGGAAUAAAAGCUACACGAGCGGCGAUCAGCGCGGUUCGGCACUAGAGGCACAUAAUUUAAUUAUUCAGUUAUCGCAACACACUCUGGGCGAAUGGUUGAAAAUUCCGCGAAAGACCAGAAAAUGGAUUUUUCUCUUAAAACCAAUUAUUUGCAAGCCCCAUAGCGCAUAUCAUCUUAUCAGUCGCCAACAAUCUCAAUCACCAAUUGUGCUGAGGGCGUUCAAUGGGAAAAAAAGCUCUGCAACUUUAAUGUGAUAUAUAUAUAGUUACUGUGAAAAUGUGCUUUGUGCGCAUUUGGGGGAAAAGUGUGUAAAAAUAAAGAAAAAAAAAUUGUGUGUAUUAGUGUAAAAAGUGGCGUUUCACGGCUUCCCUAAUCAUCACUGGCGAUACAAAUUAUCUCUAUUUCCUUCAACAUUUAAUUGACUGUAGAAAAUUGUACAGAUUAGUUCUAUACAAGCUCUUGCUGUGCUACAAUUUUUUUUUCGGAAUUACAAAAAAAAACAACACUCACGUUGUCGUGCUGAAAGAUUACUUCCCGCCAAAAAAAAUCAAGGAGACUAUAAUGCCCAAAAAACCAAAUUAAAUCCCAUUGAUAUGCUAAGGCGAGUUAGAUUGAGGUUUCUACACAGAAAAUUGGGCUUUUUCGGACUUAUAGCAUCAACUUUGAUAUUUAUCUUCUACACUUUGGCUAUUCUUCCACCGGUUGAAGUCAAAAUUCGCCGUAAAGCUAUUCCUGUUCAACCUAUACUCAAUAUCUCACAAAAUGACUUCAUUGACAAUUCAGAGACUCUUCCUAUUGCAUUUGAAGAGCACUAUUUCAAUUUAAGUGCCAGCAAUUCCUUCUCAAGUGGACGUAAUAUUCCAGACACGCGGCCACCCAGCUGCAGAGUGAAGGAGUACGUUCUAAGUGCAAAUAAAAAUGUAUCUGUGAUAGUAGCAUUUCACAAUGAGGCCAAAUCAGCUCUCUUAAGGACAAUUUCCAGUGUAAUCAAUCGUACACCACCAGAUCUGCUCCAUGAGAUAAUCCUCAUUGAUGACUACAGCAAAAAUACACUCAAUGAGAACUCUCUAGGGGAUAUACCAAAAAUAAAAUUGUACAGAAACCAACAGAGAGAAGGACUCAUUCGUUCCCGGAAUAUCGGUGCAUCUCACGCCAGAGCUGAGUACAUUGUAUUCCUCGACAGUCACUGUGAAGUGAAUGUUGGCUGGAUUGAACCCCUCAUCGACCGGCUCUCCUACCAUCCAGGGGCUCUUGUGAGUCCCAUUAUUGACAUAAUUGAUGCUUCGACGUUCAAAUACCGACCUACAACAACCAAUUUGAAAGCCGGCUUCGACUGGAGCUUACGCUUCAAGUGGAUACCACGCUCUGAUGAGGAAUUGCAAAGCAUAAAGGAUGAGACGGCAUCAUUUGCCAGUCCAGCAAUUUACGGGGGUGUUUUUCUCAUUGCCCGAGAGUGGUUUAAUCAACUUGGCGGUUUCAACAGCAAUCUCGACAUAUGGGGCGGUGAAUCACUAGAAAUAUCUCUCAAGGCUUGGAUGUGCGGUGGUCAAGUGGAAAUUGCCCCAUGCAGCCGUGUAGGGCAUGUGUUCAGGAAGAAGCAUCCUUAUGACUUUCCCCUUGGGAGUACUUAUACCUUCUUGCGCAAUUCCAAAAUUAUCGCCGAAGGCUGGCUCGAGGAGUACAAGCACUUUUUCUACUUUGCCCGCCCAAAUGCUCAGGCCAUCAAACUUAAAGACACGAAUGAUGUGGCUAUCCUUAAGGAAAAACUUCAAUGUCGAACCUUCUCCUGGUACCUUCAAACUGUCUUCCACGAGCUCAAACUUCCCAACGAGGAGCACAUUGCUUUUGGGGAGUUAAAGCAUGGGGACCGUUGCCUAUCUGUGAGCAUCGACGACAGUCGCCAGAGACAUGUUCAACUAGCUAAUUGCUAUGACAAUCCAGAAGCCACAAAAUGGGCACUCCACAACUACACUGGUGCACUGAGUCCUGACUCUGGAGGAUGUGUCAAUGUAUUCCAGAGUUUAGUGGUUUUGGAGUACUGCCGAAAUUCAUCGGCACAGAAGUGGGUGCGCAAUGGGGGCAAUUUAAUUCAUGCUUCAACAGGGAAAUGCCUCGAGAGCCUCAUUGGGCCAACUGUGGCCGUUUCCCCGUGUCGUCCUGGAUCUCAGUCUCAACUCUGGCACUUCUCCGUGGAAGUCCAGCAGCAAUAAUUUAAAAAGAAAAUACAUUUUGAAAGAUAA